GUACAGUAAAAAUACUCGUUGCAAAACGUUGACUCAGUCCACCCAAGGUCGUAUAUAUUGCUCUUCUAAUGUGCUCCUUUAAUAAUCCAUUAAUAUAUUCAUAAGUUUCUUCUGUAGUGGAUGUGUAGACCUCCCCAGAAUUGCUUCAUUGACGCAGGAGUAAGAUCGACAACAAUGGCGAGAGAGAAGAUAAAGAUAAAGAAGAUAGAUAAUAUAACAGCAAGACAAGUUACGUUCUCUAAGAGAAGAAGAGGGAUUUUUAAGAAAGCUGAAGAACUCUCAGUUCUUUGUGAUGCCGAUAUUGCCCUUAUCGUCUUCUCUGCUACUGGCAAACUCUUUGACUUCUCUAGCUCCAGAAUGGGUGAUAUCCUAUCACGAUACACUACACAAUCGAAGAAUGAGAAGAAGCGAUCGGAAGUACCUUUCCUUCAGUUGCAGCUAGAAAACAGCAAUCUUGGUAAGCUGAGCAUCGAGGUUGCCGAAAAAAACAAGCAACUAAGAAAGUUGCGUGGAGAGGAUCUUCAAGGUGUGGGCUUGGAGGAAUUGCUAGAGCUUGAAAGGAUGCUCGAGGAUAGUCUAACCCGAGUUCUUGACACUAAGGGAAAACGUAUAAAGCAUGAGAUCGAGACGCUACAAAAACAGGGGGAUUUAUUAAUGGAAGAAAAUCUAAAGCUGAAGCAAAAUAUGAUUGCAUUAUCACAAGCAGGAACGCCUGUUCUUCUUCUAGAUCAGUCUGCUACUUCGACCAUCCAUGAAGAAGGUCAAUACUCGUCUGAGUCCAUUAGUAAUGGUGCUCCUCCUGCCAUUGAAGAUGAUAGCUCAAACACUUCUCUUAAGCUAGGGCUAAGCCUAUUUUGAAGAAGUGAUCAAGAAAGUUAAGUGAGAUCAAUAUUUGCACUAAUUAUAUUAUUACACCUAAAUAAAGGAGUGUUUGGCUUGGUGUAGUUUAUAGUUUGUGUAAUUUUCCUAAUUAUGCUAAUUAAUGUUGAUGGGAGGGGGGGGGGGGGGGGUAGAUUAAGCUAAGUAUGUGUGUAAGGUAUCUUAAUUAUGAUUAUAUAAUUCCUUCUUCAUUGUUGGUUGUUUGGAAACCAUGAAACCAAUUAAUUAUAAUUUCAUCCAUCUUGAAUAGUGUGUAUGCUUAUCCGUAGUACUCCAUCAGUUUCUUUUUGUUUGUUACGUAUUCCUUUUAAGGUGUUUCACAAUUUUGUUAUGUGGAAGAAUAUUUCAUUUUAUAAACUUAUUAUACUAUCA